AUGGGAGAUGGAAAUAAAUAUUUAGCAUCAUUGGUAACAACAAUUCCAAAAAUGCGACACGAUCUCCUUGAAUAUGAUCGUUUGGUGAACUUACGUGUUGUACUCAAAAAUAGUAUGAACAAUAUUACAUCAACAAAUGGUCAAUAUCAAAUACAAAAACAAAUAGAUGCAGUCGAAGAAGAGUUUAAAAUGGUAUUCGAGGAUAUCAAAACUGAAUUUGCACUUUUGAUGGCUCUGGAAAACGAAUAUGUUGCUGGAGAACAAGGUGCUAAUGAUGUUGUUAAUCAAGAACAAGAUCAGAGCUGCCAGCCUGGCCUCUCUGAACAAGAUGAUAAUGAUGUUGUUGAUCAAGAACAAGAUGAUAAUGAUAUUGUUGAUGAAGAACAAAAUGAGAUUGAUGCUGUUAUCGAAGAAGAACAAGAUGGUGAUGAUGCUGAAAAACAAAAAAUUAAUGGCAUUGAUAAACAAUAA